AUGGCGUAUCAUCGUAUACCCGCCCGCGCCAAUCCCCUCGUUCGGCGGCCUCUGGCAGCGCUUACGAUUCACAGCAAAACGUGGACUCAACCAUUGGAGCUCCCGUCGCUCUUGGACGUUCCCUACCUCGAUAUCCCCGCUUGGAACUACCCACUUUCCCGUGCCACGAAGGAGGUCGGCGACCUCGGACCCGCUUUACCAGAAGAUCGUCCGCCUCGCGCGAAGAGGUCCACGACAAAAAACGCGAAGCCCGUUGGUCGCGGGCCGCGUGCACGUUCUACCAGGACGUCAAACAAGGAACCUUCAACCGAACGGCGUGCUACGCGCCGCAAGAAGACAGCUACUACGGUAGCGACGGUCGGAGAGGCCGUCGAAGACGAAUGGGUAGCCGCAGCUGCCACCAACGAGGAGGCUGCCGCCAACGAGGAGGCAGCCGCCGCCAACGAGCAGUCAGCCGCUGCCAACGAGCAGUCAGCCGCCGCGAACGAGGAGGCAGCCGCCGCCAACGAGCAGUCAGCCGCCGCGAACGAGCAGUCAGUCGCUGCAGCCCCCGCCAACGAGCAGGCAGCCCCCGCCAACGAGCAGGCAGCCCCCACCAAUGAGCAGGUCGCCCCCGCCAACGAGCAGGCAGCUGCUGCCAAUGAGGAGGUCGCCCCUGGCAACGAGCAGGUCGCCCCUGACAACGAGCAGGUCGUCCCUGCUAACAAGGAGGUUGCCCCUGCCAGCGAGCAGGUCGCCCCCGCCAACGAGGAGGUCGCCCCUGCUAACAAGGAGGUCGCCCCUGCCAACGAGCAGGUCGCCCCCGCCAACGAGCAGGCAGCUGCCGCCAAUGAGGAGGCGGUGGCACCUGCCGCCAACGAGGAGUCCGUCGCCGUGAACGGGGAGCCGACAAGUCCACGUUGGCCUCCGCAAAAUGGGGCCGCGAAUGAAGACGAAUUGCAGCACAACAAAGACACGAGUGCAUCUGAGAUGGUUUCGAGUCGAUGGCCGCACGGCUCUGCACCUAGCUCAGGGUACUCGUCGGGCACUGUGGAAAUGUUCAAGGCAAAGGCGAGAGACGCCAUCUCGCGGCUCGAUAACGCUAUGCUGGGUUCGACGACGCAGCAACAAGACGCAAAUGCCGUGCAAAGCCCAUCCGGGGAGCAACCCGCCGUCAUAUUCGACCCAUCGCUCAUCAUCGACACUUUCCACUCAAGCAUCGAAGCAGCCGCAGCCGCAGUGCCUCUCGGUUCUUCGCCUGAACAGGGCAUUACGCAUGUGAAUGAUACAGUAUUGGUAGCGGCAGCACCGCGCCGAAGCCGUACGCUUGUGUUCGAUGGUGUCGAGCUUCCCUCGCGUGUACCACCUCGCGAUGUCCGUGAUUCCCCCAACAAUCCCUUCCGGGCAAUCUCUCAGCAGAACAUGGACGUCGAUGAUCUCGGCCCGUCCUCGAUGCCCUCCCCCGGACUGCCGCCAUCCUCGCCGCCACGGUAUUCAUCAUCUCCCGUCCCUUCUGAAUCGCCUAGUUACCCUGGUGGGAGGAGUGGCCUAGAGUAUGGGUAUGACAGUGACGAUCCCGUGCCCGACCUGAUAUCACCGCCUCCGUCCGAAUACUCGGAGUCAGAUGACGAAGACGAGGGAGAACGAUUGAGAUCUGGCUCUCGCAACAUAGAAGAAAGCGAAGCCAGCGGAUCUGAGUGGGAUCAGUCCGGUUCUGGCGACGAAAGUGAAGAAGACACGGCAGCGGUAAAGGCGCGCAAUAUGAAGCUAAUCCAGGCGAAGGCGGCUGACGUCGCCCGCGAUGAUGAGAGGAGCGGCGGGGAGGAGAACGAGGCGGCGGCACCUUCGAAGAAGUCUGGACGGAAGCGAUCCAAGGCGAAGGCGGCUGACGUCGCCCGCGACAAUGAGAGGAGCGGCGGGGAGGAGGACGAGGCGGCGGCACCUUCGAAGAAGUCUGGACGGAAGCGAUCCAAGGCGAAGGCGGCUGACGUCGCCCGCGACAAUGAGAGGAGCGGCGGGGAGGAGGACGAGGCGGCGGCGCCUGCAAAGAAGUCUGGACGGAAGCGAUCCAAGGCGAAGGCGGCUGACGUCGCCCGCGACAAUGAGAGGAGCGGCGGGGAGGAGGACGAGGCGGCGGCGCCUGCGAAGAAGUCUGGACGCAAGCCGAGGGCAGUCGAUAUCGCCGACGGUGUAGCGGGUAGCGGUGACGGGCAACAUGGAAGCAAGAAGCGCGCGCAACCUGGCCCUCUUUCGGACGAACACCAAGAGAUGAUCGAGCAAUUCAAGGACAAGAUUGACCAGUUUAUCUCGAAAAUGGCGAGCCUCACUCACAAAUCCCCGGCCAUCAUCUCCGCCCUAGUCCACGGCACAGACGUCCCCAAACAUCGUGCUAGAAAUAUCUGGGACGUCUUUUCGUCUUGGUACGCUCGACAACACCCGCAGGAGGAUGGCGAAUCGAGGGAUGACUUCAUGACGCGCCUGCGGAUGGAGUAUCGGGUGCAAAUAUCGCAAAUCGAAGACGAUGAGCAACGAGAAGAAGCCAUACAAAAAUAUAUCGAGUGGCGUGGCGACCUUGAACAAACAUACCUCGACCACCUUGCUCAGACGGGGAAACUGACGCAGCAAUUCAAUCGCGGCGUAGCCAAAGUCAACAACCUGGCGCGGCACUUAUACCACGACCUCGGUGUACACGUCUUCGGAUAUGUAAUUGACGCGCACGGUCCGUGCGGGUUUACUAUGUUCGGCGGGUCACCGGAAUGGGAAGAAAUCAAGAAGUUGUACGUGAAGGACCAUUUCGGGACAAUGGCGAAUUAUCAGGCUGUCAUACGUGUUAUCGAGCUACGAAAAGCGGGAAUUCCAGUCCCUGAACUCCCACCGCCGACAUUGAAUGGGUACCAAAUCCCGGCUCAGGGGGAGGGCGAGCAUAUCCGGGAUUACCACCAUCGUAUCUUCAAGUCUUUGAUGAAACAGAAAUGCCUUGAACUUGGUGUCGUCAUUGAGACAAAUAGGUUUCCCUGGGCCAGGAUCCUCGAGUUCUUGGCGCGGAAUCACAUCCGUAUCAUCGACAUGCACCCUCAUUUCAUACUCAAGAAGAAGACGCGCGGUGGAUAUGGCUUCAGCUUCCGUGGCGAGAAUGUUGACGCAACAAUCAAGCAAAUCGUUGAACCAUUCUUGGCCGAGGGCGCACAUGGCACGAGGUUUCGCGUUGAGUCGUGGUUGCCGGAGGAGGAUGCGAUGCCCUGGAGUAAGAAGGGCCGCCUGCCGCUCAUGAUGAGCUGGCCGCUCACGGACUCCGAGCCGACGAUAGUCUUUGCCGAGCGCAAGCAGGCCAUCAUGUAUCGCCUCGACCAAACCAAGGUCUAUUACGAUAACGUUGCGCGCGAGGCGAAAGGAAAACGGGAUGUCGACCUCGACGCCGAAGGUCUCUACCAGAUGGAUGGCGAGGACGAGGACGAGGACGAGGACGAAGACGAGGGCAAGGGCAAGGAUGAUGAAGACGAGGGCGAGGGUGACGGCAACGGCGACAACGACAACGACAACGAGAGCGACAACGACGGCGAGGGCGACAACGACAACAAUGACGAUGACGACGAUGCCUUCAUGAUCGCCGCUGAUCCGGGUGUUCACGACGAAGAGAUGUUUUUCCGACACAUGGACGACCAUGAUGACUUCGCGCCUGCAUAUUACAGCGGGCCAUUUGCCGGCGGGGAGUUUACCUCCGACGACAUUCGCGAACACGAGCCAAAUGGGGCGGAUGGGGCGGACGAGGCUGGGGGCAGCGAGUCACCGCACUAUCAUGAGGAUUCCGAAGGCGAAGACGACGCAGACGACCACGACAACAGGGAUGAUGACGCCGCCACCGCCGCCUCCGAGUCUACGAUCAAUGGUCGACACUAUCAGGAACCAGCAACGAUGGCCCCAUUGGGCUGGAUUACUCAGGAGGAUGCCUACCGGAGACGACCGAUGGAUCGCCAUCCCGAAAGGGCUAGCCGCGAUCAUGUUGCUGUGACCGGUGAACGCCCCCCGGGGGUUGAGAAAGGGCAUCAUCGAUCUCGUGCUACUGAAGGAAGACCUCAGACGGAUCGUCGUCCACCGACCGGUGAACGCUCCCUGGUGGUUGAGAAAGGGCGUCAUCAAUCUCGUGCCGCUGAAGGAAGACUUCUGACGGAUCGGCGUCCACCCCGCGAAUGGGACUCUCAUGGUGCAGCGCCCGCCACAUACAGGCCGCCAGCCUCGGAAGGCGUGGAAUGGCGCGGUUCCGCAGGGGCAUCAUAUCAAGACAGCGAACACCUUCAACAUCAAGGGCAGCGGAAACGUACAGGCCACGUGACUCAAAGUGCGCAAGAGCCCGAUGUUGAGGAGCGGCAAGUGAAACGCAGAAAAGUCGAGGAUCAUGCAAAACCACGCGGCGAGUCAUCACGAAGCUCACUGCCCCAAGCCGCGUUUGGCGCCGAAAAUGAUGCCGCCAAAACCAGUCGACACGCCGUCGGCCUUACCGCCCGCCAACAUGCUGAAGGACCGCGAGCACGAUCGGAAAGGCCGCUUAGUGCAGGCUUCGACGUGGGGCCUUACGCUGGCGCUCCUAUGGCCCGCCAUCAUGCUGAAGGACUGCGAACGCGAUCGGAAAGGCCGCUUAGCAGGGAGGCUCAUCGCACGGACAACGCACGCUCACAAUCGGUGAUAUCAAGCGCAGGCUUCGACGCGGGGCCUUACGCUGGCGCUCCUAUGGCCCUGCAAGCAGGCGCUCAUCGCGCUGUACAAGAUGGAAAAGGAAGGCCUGGCGCAUCCACACAGACCUCGAAAACUGCGCAAAAGGCUGUAUCAAAGACCACCGCACGCAUCGCGUCGAGCGGUCCAGCGCAAUCAAUGUACAACGCCGUACGCGCAUCAUCUGGCAAGCCGUCGAUCAAUCCUUCCGCAACGGGUGCUCGAAGCGCAACGAUGUCAGCGGUAGCCGCCCAAAGAGGCUCAUCGCAAGCGGUGUCGCAUCCUCGCGUGAGCGCGACGCAGGCUCAUCGGCGUCCUCCAGGGCAAGGUGCCGCUCACGAGGCUACUCGUCGUGCUCCGACGCUAUCGGUGAUCGCGGAGACGCCAACGCCGGAGGCCUAUCGCGCAAAACCGAGACCGAAACCGCGGCCGCUCAAACGGAAGAGGGAUGGAGAAUUGUAA